AUCAGAGAGACUCAAAGAAAAAGGUUCAAAGACGUGUCACUUGUGGAUAAACUGGUACAGGCAGACACAGAAUGGAGAAAAUGUAAGUUCUGCCUUCUAGCUAGUUAUUUGUUAACGUUACGUUAGCAUUCAUUCAAUCGGAUGACUGUUGUGUCCACAUUGCUUGCUAGCUUCUUGCACUAAUAAGCGGUACUCAAAAGCCGACCUUGUAGUCACCCAAACAGAAAUUGACAAAUUCAAGCAUGAUACACCAGUCCACGUUUUUAGAUCUAGCUAGUUCACUAGUUGGUAGCCUGUGCUAGCUAGGUAGCUAACUAGUUAGCAAAUGGCUAUGUAGCUAGCCAGUUUAGCUAGCUGUGCUAGCCACCUGGGAUACAACCAACAAUCUUCUUACCCAUGUCCUUAACUACGCAUAUCUGACAUGUAGUUGAUUGAUGUCUAACAUGUCUCACAUAGCUAGCUAACUAACGAUGUAUGGUUUAGUAGUUGAACUAUCGAGAAACCCAAACGAUACGUCAUCCUAUUCACACUGACUGUACAAUCUGAUGCAAUCCCCACCCAGUAUGUGUAAAACCGAUAGCCAUCAAAAUCUACCACAGAUGUUAUUGGGACAAGAUGUAACAUUACGUUGAUGCAGAUUUGACUGAGAUUUAACGUGUAGACUACUCAGCUACAUUGUUAUCGUUAUGGUGGUCGCUUUAAUAUCGCCUGUCAGUGUCACUAACGUUAUAACGUUAGCUACCUUCCAUGACACAAGCACCAUUAUUGAUGCAUGUAAUGCUGACCCUUGUCUUUUCCAUGCUCACCAGGUCGUUUUACUGCCGACAACCUCAACAAGGCAAAGAAUUUAUGCAGCAAGACCGUUGGAGAGAAAAUGAAGGUAUAGGGGACAUCCUGUGAUGCUGGUGAACAAUCCAGCCACCCCUCAGUCUUUACAUAACCUUACGUUACAUGGCUACCUGUUCCCCACCUCAUUCUGAAAGUACAGUGGGGAGAACAAGUAUUUGAUACACUGCCGAUUUUGCAGGUUUUCCUACUUACAAAGCAUGUAGAGGUCUGUCAUUUUUAUCAUAGGUACACUUCAACUGUGAGAGACGGAAUCUAAAACAAAAACCCAGAAAAUCACAUUGUAUGAUUUUUAAGUAAUUAAUUUGCAUUUUAUUGCAUGACAUAAGUAUUUGAUCACCUACCAACCAGUAAGAAUUCCGGCUCUCACAGACCUGUUAGUUUUUCUUUAAGAAGCCCUCCUGUUCUCCACUCAUUACCUGUAUUAACUGCACCUGUUUGAACUCGUUACCUGUAUAAAAGACACCUGUCCACACACUCAAUCAAACAGACUCCAACCUCUCCACAAUGGCCAAGACCAGAGAGCUGUGUAAGGACAUCAGGGAUACAAUUCUAGACCUGCACAAGGCUGGGAUGGGCUACAGGACAAUAGGCAAGCAGCUUGGUGAGAAGGCAACAACUGUUGGCGCAAUUAUUAGAAAAUGGAAGAAGUUCAAGAUGACAGUCAAUCACCCUCGGUCUGGGGCUCCAUGCAAGAUCUCACCUCGUGGGGCAUCAAUGAUCAUGAGGAAGGUGAGGGAUCAGCCCAGAACUACACGGCAGGACCUGGUCAAUGACCUGAAGAGAGCUGGGACCACAGUCUCAAAGAAAACCAUUAGUAACACACUACGCCGUCAUGGAUUAAAAUCCUGCAGCGCACGCAAGGUCCCCCUGCUCAAGCCAGCGCAUGUCCAGGCCCGUCUGAAGUUUGCCAAUGACCAUCUGGAUGAUCCAGAGGAAGAAUGGGACAAGGUCAUGUGGUCUGAUGAGACAAAAAUAGAGCUUUUUGGUCUAAACUCCACUCGCUGUGUUUGGAGGAAGAAGAAGGAUGAGUACAACCCCAAGAACACCAUCCCAACCAUGAAGCAUGGAGGUGGAAACAUCAUUCUUUGGGGAUGCUUUUCUGCAAAGGAGACAGGACGACUGCACCGUAUUGAGGGGAGGAUGGAUGGGGCCAUGUAUCGCGAGAUCUUGGCCAACAACCUCCUUCCCUCAGUAAGAGCAUUGAAGAUGGGUCGUGGCUGGGUCUUCCAGCAUGACAACGACAGCCAGGGCAACUAAGGAGUGGCUCCGUAAGAAGCAUCUCAAGGUCCUGGAGUGGCCUAGCCAGUCUCCAGACCUGAACCUAAUAGAAAAUCUUUGGAGGGAGCUGAAAGUCCGUAUUGCCCAGCGACAGCCCCGAAACCUGAAGGAUCUGGAGAAGGUCUGUAUGGAGGAGUGGGCCAAAAUCCCUGCUGCAGUGUGUGCAAACCUGGUCAAGACCUACAGGAAACAUAUGAUCUCUGUAAUUGCAAACAAAGGUUUCUGUACCAAAUAUUAAGUUCUGCUUUUCUGAUGUAUCAAAUACUUAUGUCAUGCAAUAAAAUGCAAAUUAAUUACUUAAAAAUCAUACAAUGUGAAUUUCUGGAUUUUUGUUUUAGAUUCCGUCUCUCACAGUUGAAGUGUACCUAUGAUAAAAAUUACAGACCUCUACAUGCUUUGUAAGUAGGAAACACUGCCGAUUUUGCAGGUUAUCAAAUACUUGUUCUCCCCACUGUAUGUCAUGUUCAAUUCUAUGUGCAGAUAGUGUUUCUUUCUAACCGUUCACCUUGUUCUGGGGGUUUUCUGUAUACAGAAGAAAGAGCCAGUUGGGGAUGAUGAUUCUCUCCCAGAUGACGCCCAGAACUUGGAGGCCCUAACAGUAGACACACUAGCGGUAGGUCAACUCGCUAGCUAGCACUUCAUCUAUAUGCUGAUUGACGUCUUUAUGGAAGAUUCUAUUGGACUUGUGGGUCCCAUACCCAUGAGUAUUUUUCUUUCCUCCCUCUGUCUAGCCCCUCACGGUCACCCAGAUCAAGAAGGUCCGUCUGCUUGUGGAUGAGGCAGUGCAGAAAUCUGACAGUGAGAGGGUAAAGCUGGAGGAGGAGCGCUUUCAAUACCUGCGAGAGAUCGGAAACCUCUUACAUCCAUCUGUGCCAAUUAGUAAUGAUGAGGUGGGUGUCAAGGAAUUGUAAUUCCCAUCACCAGCAAUAAGGAGGUGGAUGGAAGUAAACAUUGCUUCUGGAAGAAAAACGCUAAUUCUGGUGUCUUGUCAGCUGCAUUUUGUUUUGUCUCUUUGUUUACUUUUCUACUCUCUAAUUUCCCUCGACGUUAUCUCCCUGCCAGGAUGCUGAUAACAAAGUGGAGCGCACCUGGGGAGACUGUACUGUGCAGAAGAAGUAUUCCCAUGUGGACCUGGUAGUCAUGAUCGAUGGCUACGACGGAGAGAAAGGAGCUAUAGUGGCAGGGAGCCGUGGCUACUUCCUCAAGGCAAGUUCUUACUCACAAAUUGUCACAUGGAGCAAAUACUCACAGGCCGAUUCAUACCAGGUGUAAUUCCGUUCAACUGUCGAUCUUUGAUCGUUAUCCUUACUGACUCUUCCCUUUCUCUGUUUUUAGGGGCCACUGGUUUUCCUGGAGCAGGCAUUGAUCAACUAUGCUCUGCGGAUGCUCCACAGCAAGAACUACCAAAUGCUCUACACCCCUUUCUUCAUGAGGAAAGAGGUCAUGCAGGAGGUGGCCCAGCUCAGCCAGUUUGAUGAUGAACUUUACAAGGUAUGAUGCAUUUCAAACAAAUUCUCCUUCCAUUUCUAUUGCAGGAUAGGGCAGAUGUACACAUUUUUUUCAUGCCUCUUAGUUGACUUCAACCUCCCGAAGUCUGCCGUCGAUUCAUUUCUUUCCAACUCUCUUUCCCCUCCUUGCCUCUUUUGACUUCACCCUUUCCCAGUCCCCUCCUACUCACAAGGCAGGCAAUACGCUUGACCUCAUAUUUAUUAGAGGGUGUUCGCCUACUAAUCUCACUGCAACCCCCCUCCAGGUCUCUGAUCACUACUUUGUUUCCUUUUCUGUCUCCCUUUCCUCCAACCCAACACUACCCAGAUGGUCAUGUGCCAUUGCAAUCUUCACUCUCUCUCUCUCUCUCUCUCUCCCACUAGUCUCUUCUCCUGUCCUCUUCUAUCAUAUCAUCUCUCCCUUCUGCUAAAUCCUUCUCCCUCCUGUUUCCUGAUUCUGCCUCUUCAACCCUACUCUCCCCCUUUCCUCAUACUAUGACUUGCACUGUCCCCUUUCCUCCCGGACGGCUAGGCCCUCCUGCUCCGUGGCUGAGUGACUCAUUGCGAACUUACAGAACCGAGCUGCGGGCAGCUGAGUGAAAAUGGAGGAAAACUAAACUUCCAGAGGACCUAUCAACCUUCCACACCCUCCUCUCUACCUUCUCUUCCUCUGUAUCGGCUGCUAAAGCCACUUUCUAUCACUCAAAAUGUCAAGCUUCUGCCUCUAACCCUAGGAAACUAUUUUCCACUUUCUCCUCCGCUCCUCAUUCACUCAGCCUAUUGAGUCCACUGGUCCCACUCUCACAGAACUACCCUACGCCUUGACUUCUUUCUUCCCUCUCUCUCCAUAUGAAAUCCUGCGACUAGUGAGGUCUGGUCGCCCGACAACUGCCCGCUCGACCCCAUCCCCUCCUCCCUUCGCCAGACCAUCUAUGGAGACCUUCUCACUUCCCUCAUCAACUCAUCCCUGACCACUGGCUGUGUCCCCUUUGUCUUCAAAAUGGCCCAAGUCGCUCCCCUCCUCAAGAAACCAACUCCUCUGACGUCAACUACAGACUUUUUUCCUUUUCUUUCCAAAACACUUGUGCGUGCUGUCUGUGACCAACUCUCUCGCUAUCUUUCUCAGAAUGAUCUUCAUGACCCUAACCAGUCAGGCUUAAAGACGGUUCACUCAACCGAGACUGCUCUUCUUUGUGUCACGGAGGCUCGCCGCACUGCCAAAGCUGACUCUCUGUUCUCAUCCUCCUAGAUCUAUCUGCUGCCUUCGACACUGAACCAUCAGAUCCUCCUCUCCACCCUCUCAGGGCUGGGCGUCUCAGGCUCUGCACACUCUUGGAUUGCAUUGUACCUGGCAGGCCUCUCCUACCAAGUGAUGUGGAGAGGAUCUGUGUCUGCACCAUCUACUCUCACGACUGGUGUCCCCCAGGGCUCAGUUCUAGGCCGUCUUCUUUCUAUACACCAAGUCAGUUACUCGGCUCAAUCAUAUCCUCACAUGGUCUCUCCUAUCAUUGCUAUGCCGAUGACACUCAGCUACUUUUCUCCUUCCCCCACUUCUGACACCCAGGUGGCAUCAUGCAUCUCUGCAUGCCUGGCAGAUAUCUCAGCUUGGAUGUCGGCCCACCACCUCAAGCUCAACCUCGACAAGACGGAGCUGCUCUUCCUCUCUGGGAAGGUCUGCCCGCUCAAAGACCUCUCCAUCACGGUUGACAGAGUUUCCACGGUUUCCCCCUCCCAGAGUGCAAAGAACCUUGGCGUGACCCUGACAACACCCUGUCGUUCUCUGCAAACGUCAAAGCAGUGACUCGCUCCUGCAGGUUCAUGCUCUACAACAGGGUUGCCCAACCCUGUUCCUGGAGAGUUACCCUCCUGUAGAUUUUCGCUCAAACCCCAGGUGUUACUAACCUGAUUUCAUCUUAUCAACCUGCUAAUUAUUAGAAUCAGGUGUGCUAGAUUAGGGUUGGAGCAAAAACCUACAGGACGGUAGCUAUCCAGGAACAGGGUUGGGCAGUCCUGGUCUACAACAUCCGUAGAGUACGACCCUACCUCACAUCCUACUGCAACUCACUGUUGGCUGGGCUCCCCGCUUGUGCCAUGAAACCCCUGCAAUUUAUCCAGAACGCUGCAGCCCACCUGGUGUUCAACCUUCCCAAGAUCUCCCAUGUUACCUCACUCCUGGCUUCCAGUUGAAGCUCGCAUCCACUGCAAGACCAUGGUACUUGCCUACGGAGCUGCAAGAGGAAUAUAAUCUAUGCCAUUUAGCAAACGCUUUUAUCCAAAGCAACUUACAGUCAUGCGUGCAUACAUUUUUGUGUAUGGGUGGUCCCGGGGAUCGAACCCACUACCCUGGCGGUAUAAGCGCCGUGCUCUACCAGCUGAGCUACAGAGGACCACAGGAACUGCCCCUCCCUACCAUCAGGCUAUGCUCAAACCCUACACCUCAACCCGAGCACUCCGUUCUGCCACCUCUGGUCUCUUGGCUCUUUUACUUACUGUGAUAUGUGGUUGGCCCACUUGGCUAUCUUAAGAUGAAUGCACUAACUGUAAGUCGCUCUGGAUAAGUGUGCUAAAUGACCAACAAAAUAUGCUGAUGUGGGUGUUUUUUUCGUAAAUUAUUCACUCUGUAACCUCUCAGGUGAUUGGGAAGAGCAGUGAGAAGUCUGAGGACACGGCCAUUGACGAGAAGUACCUGAUUGCUACCUCGGAGCAACCUAUUGCAGCCUUCCUGAGAGACGAGUGGUUGAAGCCAGAGGAGCUGCCCAUGCGCUACGCUGGUCUCUCCACCUGCUUCAGACAGGAAGUGGGCUCCCACGGCCGUGACACCCGAGGCAUCUUCAGGGUGCACCAGUUUGAGAAGGUCCGUGUACAUUUUCUUAAAGUAGACAUGGUCAAUGUAGAAAAGGCCACAGCUUUGUUGGAAUACAUUGCAUUUUAUAGGCCUAAUUGAAGAAGUCCUGUUAUUGAUAAUUUACAGAACAUGUCAAGCAAUGCACAUUUUUCAGAACAGACCUUUGUUUUUGUUAGGGCCUCUGCUAAUGAUUGUCAAAUACUAAUCAACUCUCUCCAUUCAGAUUGAGCAGUUUGUUUUUGCCUCUCCUCAUGACAACAAGUCCUGGGAGAUGAUGGAUGAGAUGAUUGGGACUGCUGAGGAGUUCUACCAGACGCUAGGGAUCCCCUACCGCAUCGUCAACAUAGUCUCAGGUAGGUCCUGCCCAACAAACCUGUUCCUCUCUGGGCAAUUCCAUACGAGAUUGGCCCCAAAAUAUUUAUGAUGUUUUGGAUCUUCCUGAAAUUAAAUCCAUAGAAAGGUCCUUUGGGGGAAGGAUGCUUGGCAGACCUUUUGAAGUCUGUAUCCAAAAUGAUUAUUGAGAAAUAAUUUAUUAACGUCUUGGAAAUGUGACAUUUUGACCAUACCCAGGCCUUCUGUGAGACACUACAACAAUGAGUGUAGAUGCUAUAAAGCCAGUCAUGCUGGCAUUUGAAACCUUACUGUGUGCACUGAAAUAUAAGUUUAGAUCAAUAAUACAAUUUCUUUACCCACUCAUGACAAUAACCAUAACUCAUACAAGUUAACUUGACGUUUAAUAACAACCUUCACAUAGUAUGGUAUUACAAUUACCUUUAUUCUGCGUGAUUUACGUUAGACACAUAAUGGACAUUUCCCAUGGGAGCAGUCUUACUAGCCACAUGUCUGUCUGAGCCUCGGUGUCUGUCUGCUCCCACCCAGGUGCUCUGAACCAUGCAGCCAGUAAGAAGUUGGACUUGGAGGCCUGGUUCCCAGGGUCCGCAGCCUUCAGAGAGCUGGUCUCCUGCUCCAACUGUUUAGACUACCAGGCUCGUAGGCUGCGUAUCCGCUACGGACAGACCAAAAAGAUGAUGGACAAGGUCAGAGUACCCAGUAUUUCCAUAGAAAACCCUCCCAUUAUAAAAUUGAUAGUUCUGGAUUUGCUUCCAUAAUCAAAAAGUCACAGUUGAAUGGAGUAUUUGAACCAGUUUUCACAUGACUCUUCCUGUGUUCUUUAGGCCGACUAUGUGCACAUGCUCAACGCGACCAUGUGUGCCACCACACGUGUAAUGUGUGCUAUCCUGGAGACGUACCAGACUGAAGAAGGUAUCAUUAUUCCAGAGGUACUCCGGAACUUCAUGCCUCCAGGUGAGCCACAGUAUUUUUUACAGGUUUUGUGAAGGGGCAUGCAAUACUUGUGCCAUAUGCAUGGAAGGUGGUGAGAAAGAAACAACCUUUUCAUGAUCGCAGAGUACUUAUUUUUUAAAAUAGAUUUGCUUUAAUGCGUGUUGCCAUGAAAGCAGUUUGUGUGUGUAUACUGACUGUGUACAUUUUCAUUCCUCUUCUGUACAUUUUCUUAGGUAUGACAGAGAUGCUGAAGUUUGUAAAGCCUGCCCCUAUUGACGUGGAGAUGUCCAAGAAGCAGAAGAAACAGCAGGAUGGAGGGAAGAAGAAGAAGCAGGGAAGUGGAGACCAGCUCCAGCACCAAGUGGAGAACAUGUCUGUCAACGAUUCC